UGAAAGCCAUGCGGAUUCAUCAGAAGGAAGCCAAGAGAUUUGCAGACAGGCUCGUGCCAGCUUCAGGGUAAUCGUCUGGUCGAGAUGAUGAGUGCUCUGUGGAUCGCUGCCUGCGGCUUGCUGCUCCUGUCGUCGUCCUCAGGAGUUGAAGGCAUCGGCGUGAACUAUGGCAUGAUCGCCAACAACCUCCCGUCCCCGGACAAGGUGAUCGCGCUGUGCAGGGCCAGGAACAUCACGGACGUGCGCCUCUUCCACCCGGACACCGCCGUCCUCGCCGCGCUACGAGGCUCGGGCCUCGGCGUCGUCCUCGGCACGCUGAACGAGGACCUCGCCCGCCUGGCCUCCGACGCCUCGUUCGCCGCGUCGUGGGUCCAGUCCUACGUGCAGCCCUUCGCCGCCGGCGGCGCCGUCCGCUUCCGCUACGUGACCGCGGGCAACGAGGUCAUCCCCGGCGACCUCGCCGCGCUCGUUCUCCCCGCGAUGCGGAACCUCGAGUCGGCGCUCCAAGGCGCGGGGCUCGGCGGCGUGGCCGUCACGACGGCCGUGUCGACGGCCGUGCUGGGGACCUCGUACCCGCCGUCGCAGGGCGCCUUCUCGGAGGCGGCGCUGCCGUGGUUCGGGCCGAUCGCGUCGUACCUGGCGUCGAGGUCCACGCCGCUGCUCGUGAACGUGUACCCCUACUUCGCCUACGCGGCCGACCCGGCGUCAGUGCCGCUCGACUACGCGCUGCUGCAGUCGGCCUCCGCGGCGGCGGUGACGGACGGCGGCGUGGCGUACACGAACAUGUUCGACGCCAUCGUGGACGCCGUGCACGCGGCGCUGGGGAGGGUGGCGGCGUCCGGCGCGGUGGACGUGGUGGUCUCGGAGACCGGGUGGCCGUCGGGCGGCGGCGGCGCCGGCGCCAGCGUGGAGAACGCGGCGGCGUACGUGAACAACGUGGUCCGCCACGUCGGGAGCGGGCGCGGCACGCCGCGGCGGCCCGGGAGGGCCGUGGAGGCGUUCGUGUUCGCCAUGUUCAACGAGAACCAGAAGCCCGAGGGCGUGGAGCAGCACUUCGGGCUGUUCGAACCGGACAUGACCGAGGUGUACCACGUCGACUUCACGGCGGCGGGAUCGUCGGCGUAGACUUUGCGACGGCCGAAGAAGCAAUGUGGAUGGGCUAAGGAGGUCGGCAUUGCAGUAUUUUGCGCGUGUUAUUAGGAUACAAUUUGUCGUAGUAGUACCCGUAGACAAUUUCUUUCAAAAAAAUCACUAGCAGACAAUAGUGCACGGAAUGAUAAUUGGCGAUGAUUAGUAGUACCAGUCGUACACUGGCAUAUAUCUUAGACUUUUUUUCAUGUUCCAUCGAUUUAGAGUUUGACUUUUUUCCAUGUUCCA